AGAUCUGUCAUUUAUACAUGUUAUUUUUUAUGACAUACAUUUUAAACUCUAUUUAUGGAUCUAAAUAUACAAUCGAUAUAACUCCUCCAGUGGUAAAUAUGGCUUCGAAUUACAAAGAGAAAGUUUAUUCACAAAUGAAUAAAAUAAAUUUAACGGUUGAAGAACUUGAAAAUAAUUUACAGCAAUCUAGGAAUAUUGAAAGGAAAGCUCAUUUGUGUUUUCACGUAGACAAUCUUAAAUCUAAAGCUGUUUCUGUUCAACUUGAUGAUGCCAAACAAGAUAAUAAACAUUUAUUGAAGAUAUUACAAAGUGGGCACUAUGAGGAUAAUUCAACGAGAGGAAGUGAAAUUGGAACGUCCAUGUCCACUAUGAGUAUGGUAAACCUGCAAUACAAAUACGAAGAACUGCUCAGUACUCACAAUGGUCUCUUGAAAAUGUUAGAAGAAAAAUUAACAGAAAUUCAUAAUGUGACAGAAGAUAAAUCUAAACUUAUUGAAGAACUUGAAGUUUACAAAUUCAAACUUGAAGAAGCAUCAGAGAAAAUCGAAGAUUUAAAUGUAAAAAUGAAGAGUUACCAACUGAACCAUGCACAUAAGUUGGAAAAGUUGAAGCUGGAGAAAGAUACUCUAAAAACAGUACAUAAUCAACUCGUAUCUUUAUUACACGAAGAAUGUAUGAAGAAAAAUGAAAUUUUAUCAGAGAAAUUGAGGGAAACACAAAUACCAGAGAGAGCUCAGUUUUUGAAAGAAGUUCAAAAGAACAAUUUAUUGAUUUUCGAUAACAUCCAAUUGAGACAAGAGAACGAAUAUUAUAGAGCUCUUCUAAAAAUGUCGAUGUCGAAGUCUAAAAAGAAAAGAAGAAGACGUCAACAAAUGACACUCGAUGAAUGAGUGGUUCGUUCAUGUAUUAAAAUUAAAGGAGAAAUCAAUUUUUAUUAUGAGUUUCUGCCAUUAUACUGUAAAUUACAAUCCAUCAGUAUCACAUAAUCUGAAUGAUGCUUUACUUCUAUCUAACAACCAAGUUUCAAUAAAAUGAAAUUCUGAGA